CUGAGCUUCAGUGAGCUAGACACUUUACCUAAUAAUUGUAAAAAAUGAUGCGCAAAGUUAUCAUCUUCGCAGUUGCUAUCACGGUGAUUGCCGCGGAGUAUCAUGAUCCGAGCAAAACACCGUGCGAGCCUGGAAAAAAAUUCAUGUAUUACUGCAACCAGUGCGCCUGCAGUCCGGACGGUAAAGGCGCCGCUUGCACCAAAAUGAUGUGCCCCCCCGGCCUCUUCAAUGAAGACGGAUCCUUGAGGGUGCCAACUCCACCGAGGGAGAAGAGAGAAGUUCUGGAACUGCCCGCUGAUGGAAGUUGCAUUGCGGGACGAGCAUACAGAAGUGCCUGCAACUCUUGCCAGUGCAUCAGGGAUAACCUGCCAAUCUGCACAUUGAAAGCCUGCCCGCCCUAAUCGGCGAUACUGCUCUGAGAAGCUGGACGCAAAGGCCUGGGAAACAAGUCGCCGGGGUCAUGACAUGCACAGGAAGCUCGAUAGAUGCGUAGAACGAAAUAGAGUAUUGAUAAGAAAAUUAUAAAAAUUGAUCUGCGCGAUAAGUUAUUCUCACCGAGAUUCUACACAUAAUCGGAUCUUGACGAGCAUUUAUGCGAUAUUUUUAAUAGUGUAAAGAGUGAUUAUUUCUAAUUACGUACAAUUCCGGGUGAAUGCAAAUUGUUGAAUGAUAAUAAAGGUGAUGAUGAUUUUUUGGAACAAA